GUGCGGACAACUAACAACUAACAACUAGUUCGUAGUUCGACGUCUGUCUGAUAUAACUGACAGGCGCUGAAGCUGUCUCAUUUUAACCUUUUACUGCCUUUCACGGAACCCGAGAACAUUCGUAUAAACAUUGUAAUAUCAAACUUUUAUGUUACAAUCGUUUAUCAACUACCUUUAACAGCGAGAAAAUGGAUGUCUUUCUUAUGAUCAGGCGAAAGAAAAUGACCAUUUUUACCGAUGCUAAAGAUGACACGACAGUUUUGGAGCUGAAAAAAAUAAUUGAAGGCAUCUUGAAAAUCCCCCCACAAAAUCAAGAGCUCUACAACAAAGAUGACACACUAAUGUUGGACAGCAGAUAUUUAACAGAUUAUGGAUUAAAUUCCAUGACGGCCAAAGCUCAGUCGCCGGCUUUAAUAGGUUUGGCAAUUCGUCAGGAAAAUGGUUACUUAGAGCCUCUAGAACUGACGCCGUUCUCUCUACCGCCGGAUCUCCCUGAUGUUAUGAAAUCUCAAGAAGCUAAUGGGCAAGAACAAUCCCCUUGAACACAAACGCUCUUGUAUAAAACUCGUGUCUCGACGUCAAGAUCCAUAGCAAACGAUGGGAAAAAAGCAGCGACAAAAGCAAUAAAAAAAGCACAAUAGACAUUUUCUUACGUCGCGACUUCACAUACGUCCUAAAAACAACGGAAGAAAAAAUCGAAUAAUAACAAGACGUAUUUUUCUCAUUCUCCGUAUGAAAACAAAAAAAUGUGAGACAAGCACCUAUUGACGAUUUUUUUCCGAUCGAUGAUCGAAACGCUUGAAUUGAACGAAUACAUUCACGCUUGAAUUGAAACGGAUUAUUUAAAAUGAAAUAAUUUGAAAAAAAAAAACAAACUCAUGUUCCAACGGGGAACAUCCAUGUGAACUUUUUUUUCUUGCUAAUAAAAAAAAACUACUUUAUUGAGAUGACCAGCGAAUGAAAUAAUUUUUAGUUAUUUAUAUUUUUCUUCUAUUUACUUUUCAUUUUUUAUUCAAUCGAGAUGGCCCUGAUGUUUUUCAAAGUUUCAUUAGAGAACCGUGAGAGCUUUAUGUCCUUUAAAUGUGAAAAAAAAUAUUUUUCAAGAAUUUAGCCAAACUCAUGAUGCUGUUUUUAAAUAUCUCACCCAGAACAAAAUAAUGUGCAUGGAACUUAUCGGUUUGUGAUUCUAUCAAAAAAUGUUUAAAAAAGCGUUAGUAUUCUUACCACGAAAAUUUGAUGUUUACGAAUACAAUAUUGUUAUGUUUCACCUAUUAAACUGUGAACCUUAAUAAGCUUUCAACUUUAAUUUUAAAUCUUUGGGAAAGAACGAAUUCAGAUCUCCAUUAUUUUUAUGAAUUUUUCGUCGAUCUCCCACUUCCGUGAGAUCGUUUGUCAUAGAAUGAAUAUAUUUGCCUAAAGUAAUAAAAAACUGCAAUCAACACUAACUAGUACGGAAAUAAAAAAUAAAACAGUUUCUUUUUCGAAAUCGUUGCUUAAAGUCUUACACUACUAAACAUUUGUUUCUUUUUCGUUCAAGUUUCGUGUCUUUUUUCAAUGAAUUUGUUUCUCAUUGACCAACGGUAAACGUAAUUAUAUUCUCAUAUAAAUGCUGGAUAAAUACCAUUAUUUUCUACGAUUGGAGUGAAUGACAGUUCGCCCGGAAGGGUCCCCGAGUAAAUCAGUGAUUCUCUGGGAUUAAAGCCUCCAUGAUAAUGAUGGGGAUUAAAUAGUCCAUUUAAUGAAAUUGAAUUUAAUACUUGGAAGUUUUUUCAUACAAACCAUACUUUGUUUUUAUAUUUAGCCAAGAGUAAAUGCAAAUAGAUUUUGUCGCCAAAAAAAUGUUUACUUUUUUGCAGUCGCUUAUCGAAGCGUGAUGAUGCUGUGAUUUUUAUCAAUAGGUUUUGACAACGUCAAAUUCAUUCAAAAUUUUAACAUGUGAGUUAAAAUUUUUGUUUGUGCCUCCAAUUAAAAAAUUGCUUGAACUGAUUUAGCUUGGCUACGCUGAUGACUGAAUACCUACUCCGUGAGAUCCCCACACCCCAAAUAAAUUGUUUUUUUUUUUUUUUUUUUUCAUUAAUUUUGAAUAAUUGUCAAUUGUAACAAUUAUUUGCGAGUUGUAGUUGCUUCGAAUGGGAUCUAUCAACUCAGAAUGAAAAGGAGCAAAUUAAUGCAAAUUUUGUACACAUAUGUAGAUCCAUAAGUUCAAUAAAUAUUAAUAAUCAAAGCUCAA